AUGGGCAAGUCGAACUUGGAUCUGGUCGGCGAAUGCGACAAUUUCCCCUACUAUGAAGAUGACCGUGUCGCAUACACAGCCAACCUCACCAACUACCACGCCUUCAAAGUCGCCGGCUACGACGCAACCUUAGGCUACAUCCUCAAUGCAGUAGUCGAAAAGUUCCCCUGGCCUCAAAACUGCUGGUCAAUAGACUCAACCGCACGCACCGUGACACUAGUAGCACCAGCAGACGCCGACCCCGCACACCGCAGCAAGCUCGUCGCAGAGAGCAUCGCCGAAGCAGUCCGACAAGACAAAUUUGAAGUUCUCCGCGGAUGGCGGAACGAAAAAUACCCCGUGUACGGCCCAGGCGGGGAAUUCAUCCUGGAAAUGGAACGUAGUGCCUCCCCACUCUUCGGCAUUGUCUCCUAUGGCGCCCAUAUGACCUGCUACGUGGAAGAUGAGGGAGGCCUAAAAAUUUGGGUCCCACGCCGCGCAAAGACUAAGCAGACCUACCCAAGCCUGUUAGACAACACCGUCGCCGGCGGAAUGUGCACAGAUGAGAAACCAUUCGAAUGCAUCGUCCGCGAAGCAAUGGAAGAAGCCUCCCUCCCCGAAGCAGCCGUCCGAGCUGCCACUGUUUCCAGCGGCUGUGUGACAUACUCUCAUGUUCGGGAUGCGCGCGCUGGCGGUGAGACGGGCCUGAUUCAGCCUGAGGUGGAGUAUGUUUAUGAUUUGAAGCUGGAUGCAUCGACUAUUCCUCAGCCUGGCGAUAACGAGGUUGAGGAGUUCAAGUUGCUUUCUAUUCCUGAGGUUCAGGCGGCUCUUGCGCGUGGCGAGUUCAAGCCGAAUUGUGCUAAUAUUAUGAUUGAUUUCUUUAUUCGGCAUGGUUAUCUUACUGCUGAGAACGAACCUGAUUUCUUGCAGAUUGUUGCGAGGUUGCAUCGCAGGUUGGAGUAUCCUACUGCUUCGCAUUGUUUGAGAUAG